AAGUGUCAAUUUUUGAAAUUCAUAAAGUUUGAUUCUCUUUUAUACUUAUUUUUCAGGGAAAUUCUCAUGCUUAUGUUUUACUACUAUAUGUAUCUGUAAGGCAUUACCUACCACUUAGAAGUCCAUGCUUUCAUAUUUAUCCCCACCACUACCACAACAAUUCUCAGAAUUCCAUGUGCUUUGUUGUGUGUUCCUUACAAUUCCCUUCAAUUUUGAGUACUUGAUUGGCCAAUUCUUUGCAUAAAGACUCAAUCUUUGGAGGUUCUUGAUUGAAUUCUCACUUGGGUAGUUCCUUAAAGUUUGUAAUGCAUACCUGGGUUCAAUUCUUUUGAUGAUGGAAUUGAUUGCUUGGUUGAGUCAGAGAAAUUUUUGUACAAGAGAUCUGGGGUCCAAGUGUUUGGUAUUAUUUCUUCAGUGUGGGAAGGCUGAAAUUUAAAUCUUAUUAAGUUCAGGUACCUCAUUUUAGAUUGAAAUGGGGCUGGUAGAUGAUCUGACGAAAGAAACUCCGAUUUUACAUAUUCCAGUGUGGGCUUUAGUUCUGAUCUUUGUGCUUGUGCCUAUUUUACUCUUGGUGCUUCCAAUUUGUAUUUCGAGGAAAAAGUCUAACAGGGAUACUGGAAAACUUCCAAUUAGUCAAGACCAAAUUGUAUCAAGUGAAAUAAAAGAGAUAAAGAUAGAUCAGAAUUCAGCAAAUAGCUUUGAUGUCUAUGACACGAAUUCAAGUAUAUCAAAGGACAAUUACAGUGGCAAAGAUCCUGAUAAACUUUUAAUGCAUCUGCACCAGACGGAGAAUGCUGAUAAAAGCAGUCAAUCUGGUUCUCUUAAAAAUUUAGAGAAGGGUUGGUUUGGUUCCGGAUCAGGAGAAAAAGGGAAUAGUGGUAAAAAAAAUGCGUACAAGCCUUCUUCGCAUCCUUUAACUGGUUCCUCCCCUCUAUCCGGUCUGUCUGACUUCUCUCAACUUAGUUGGGGUCACUGGUUUACAUUGAGGGAUCUACAAGUAGCAACAAAUAGAUUUUCCAAGGAUAAUGUUAUAGGUGAAGGUGGAUAUGGAGUAGUUUAUCGUGGACAACUGGCUAAUGGAUCUUCAGUAGCUGUCAAAAAACUCUUCAAUAAUCAAGGACAAGCAGAAAAGGAUUUCAAGGUGGAAGUCGAGGCCAUUGGCAAUGUCCGCCAUAAAAACUUGGUUAGGCUUCUGGGGUACUGCAUCGAGGGCACCCAAAGGAUGUUGGUCUAUGAGUAUGUCAGCAAUGGAAAUCUGGACCAGUGGCUUCAUGGAGCUAUGAGUCACCAAGGAUAUCUUACUUGGGAGGCUCGCAUGAAAGUUGUCCAGGGGACUGCCAGGGCGCUUGCGUACUUGCAUGAGGCUAUUGAACCAAAAAUUGUGCAUCGAGACAUCAAGUCUGGCAAUAUACUACUAGAUGAUGACUUCAAUCCUAAAAUAUCUGAUUUUGGUCUGGCAAAGUUGUUGGGUGCUGGAGAGAGUCACAUUACAACCAGAGUUAUGGGUACUUAUGGAUAUGUAGCACCAGAAUAUGCAAAUAGCGGCCUUCUUAAUGAGAAGAGUGACGUUUACAGUUUUGGGGUUGUGCUUUUGGAAGCAAUUACUGGAAGAGAUCCGGUGGAUCAUGACCGUCCAGCAGAUGAGGUGAAUAUGGUUGACUGGCUCAAACUAAUGGUUGCUAAUAGACGAUCAGAAGAAGUAGCAGAUCCGACUAUGGAGACUAAACCAUCCAGAACUGCACUUAAACGAGCCUUACUGGCUGCCUUGAGAUGUGUUGAUCCAGAUUCUGAAAAAAGACCAUCUAUGAGUGAAGUUGUCCGUAUGCUGGAGUCAGACGAUUAUCCACUGCCACGUGAGAGUCGACGACGUCAAAGGAAUGCAGAGGCAGAAUACAGAAGUGAAAACUCUAGCACAAACAAGUACAAAGUUCCUAACUUGAGUCCAGAAAGCAGAGAAAACCAAAGGGGAUGAACAAAACAAGCUUUCCUACACAUGCAAUAAGGUGCAACAAUAUACAAAUGGCUAGUGGUCCAGCAUUUGAUAGUCUGCCAUUUAGUUAUUUUUGUAUGUAGAAUUUUAUUUGUUUUGUGCAUAGGAUCAUAUAUUCUAUAAUUAGACUUUGCUAGUGCUGGUGUGUAUAGAGGUCAGAUAAUAUUAAUAGUGCUGAGCUACUAUAAUUUUAGCAGUCUGUUAAGAUGCUUCUCUUUGGAAAUUGGAAGGAUGACAGCAUUGUUUUUUGUCA